ACUUCCAUAGUCUGUUACUAUUCCAUCUUCCCGUUCACCCAAAACUCCAAAACAAUCCUCACUUUGCCAUCACACAUCGAGCUUCCACCUUCCGGCAGCGUUUUCCGGCAACCGGCAACCGGCACCCGGCACCGUCCUUCCUUCUUUCUCUUCGUUUAGUUCUGGUGAACUUGUGGGUUUGAGAUUGUGAUCUCUUAGGAAAGAUGAGACUGCUAACACACAACAUGCUGUCAUCAAACAUAAGGGGCGUGGUGAAUGGGUUUCCAUUGCGCAUUGAAGCAGGGAAAGUGGUGGAAAAGAAUGUGGAAAUAAAUGGUGAUUUUCUAAAGAACAUGUUUGUCAAGAUUGAUUGGAAGGCUUUUGUUGAAGCUUCACAAUCCAUGGGAUACACUGAAUUACCUGAGGAGGCUGACUCAUCCAUGUUGGAUUCAGAUGAGUUUUUGAACAGGUUUCACCAUGCACUCUUGGAACUCCACCUUGAAGAAGGUGCUCUUGUUUGCCCUGAGACAGGACGACGAUUCCCUGUCAGUAAAGGCAUUCCAAAUAUGCUUCUUCAUGAGGACGAGGUUUGAAUUUUGUUAUUAGCCUAUUAUCACCUUCACCUGUUUUGUAGAACACUCAUGAGUUAUUAUGUUUUUUGUCACUCUGUAGUUAAAAUGCUGGUAACGGAAAGAAUUUAACUGAAAUUUGAGUUUAUAUAAAACUCUGUUUAUUAUGUUAUGACAAAUGUUGUAUGCUCUGGCUAACUGAUUUGAUUAUUGUUUGAUAAUUUCACUAUCU